GUCGUCGUCGUCUCCGUCCUUCUCCUGCUUCUGCUCUCUUCAUUGGGCCUUGCCUCUCCUGCACGCACCAGCACCAGCACUCGAACCCCAAAGCCAUCGCCGUCGCCGCAGCUCUCGCUCGCAUCCUCCUUGCCCUUAUACGUUUCACUUGUUCAUACCUCGUAGUGAUCAAGGCUCGGCUUAUCGUUUCGAGAAGAGCGCGUUGUGCGCCAAUUCGGUGUGAGUGAGUGGUAGCGAGGGGCUUGUUGGUCGAGGCGGAGUUGGAGGUUGCGUUUGGCGCUGGCGUGGGAUGUGGUGUGCUUGUGUCUGAGUGCUGCUUGGGUUGGCAGAACUUUGGAGGAAUUUGGGACGAGGUGAAGAGGGAAGGUUUUUAGGUUGGAGCGGCGGAAGAGUGUUGGUUUGUGAAUUAUUGUGAGUUACGAUAUUAGGAGAAGGAGCAUGGUACUGGAGUCGUGGAGGGAUAUCUGCUGUAGUAGCGGGUUGUGGAGCAGAUUGAAGGGGGAGGGUUUGUGAGAUCGAAGAGGGAGAGGGAGCGUGAGGGCGAUUGUUGGAUGCGAUGUCUGCCGCGGUCUGUGGGAAGCGGUCGCUUUUUGAGGAUUUGCACUGUUCACCGCCGACUUCCAAGCGCCUGAGGUUUGCGCAGGGGAAUUCGCCCCUCUGGUUCGCUACCGCAACUUCAACGCCACCUUCUGGGAGUAGCCCGUGUUUCGAGCUUCGCCCUGAGGCGGAUUUGCUGCUUUCGCAACUCCAUGCCCUCUUUCCUGAUAUGGAAGAGCACGUGGUGGAGAAGGUGUUGGGCGCUUCGAAUAAUGAUCUGGAUUAUGCCAUUAAGAGCCUGAAUUUGCUGCGUUUAUCUUCGUCACAGCAAGCUGCUACAACGCUGCCUUCGGACCAGGAUGCUACUGUACUGUGCCCUCCACUGCCCAUAUUCUCAGACUGUCCCGAUGAGCUUAGUAUGCAGCAGCAACAGCAAGCGGAAUCCACAUCUUCACCUGUUCAAUCAGAGGGAGGCAAGUGGGUAGAGCUUUUGGUAACGCAAAUGCAGAAUGCGAGCAAUCUGGAUGAUGCCCGUGCAAGGGCUAUGUGUACUCUGGAGGGUUUUGAAAAAGCCAUAUUGUCCCGCUCUGCGCGCGUCAUAGAAGACGUCGAGAAGGAAAAUGUAGCGCUGAAGGAACAGAAUCGUAGACUGAUUCAUGAUAACCAGAUUCUGAAAAGAGCUGUUACCAUUCAACAUGAGCGGCAGAAACAACACGAAGUGCGAGCGCAGGAGCUGCAGCAAAUGAAACAACUUCUUGCUCAAUACCAGGAACAAGCACGAACCUUGGAGUUGAACAAUUAUUCCCUGUCAUUACACCUUCGACAGGCACAAGAAGGAAGUUCCAUGCCUGGACAUUUUCACCCGGAUGUAUUUUAAGCUUCUCUUUUCAGAGGUGAAUUGUGAGAGACUUGUUUGACAAUUGAUGUCUAACAAUUUAUUUGUAAUUUGUAAUCUAUAAUUUUCUAAUUUAAUUUUAUGAGGUUUAGGACAGCACACGCACGCCUAGACUUUUUUGCUUGUGGGA